UGGGACUUGCAAAUCUCAAAAUUUCUGGCGGGUCGGUUUUGUAGAACGAGCGAGCAGUUUGGUUCAAGUCAGCCAACUCGCAUCCCGACCACACCCCUCCUCGCAAUGGCGAUCCAGAAGAAGAACGGCAAAGGCCGUCUUGAUAAAUGGUACAAGCUCGCGAAAGAGAAGGGUUACCGAGCCAGAGCUGCCUUCAAGCUGAUUCAGCUGAACAAAAAAUAUGGCUUCUUGGAGAAAAGCAAGGUCCUGCUGGAUCUUUGCGCCGCUCCUGGCUCAUGGUGUCAAGUAGCAGCCGAGACGAUGCCCCAGGGCAGUCUUAUUGUGGGAGUUGAUCUCUCCCCGAUCAAACCAAUCCCGAGAGUCAUCACCUUCCAGAGCGACAUUACAACCGACCAGUGCAGAGCAACCAUCCGUCAGCACUUCAAGACAUGGAAAGCCGACACCGUCCUCCACGAUGGUGCUCCCAACGUCGGUACAGCAUGGGUCCAGGAUUCCUUCAAUCAAGCCGAACUUGCGCUCCAGUCUAUGAAGCUCGCUACUGAAUUCCUGGCUGAGGGCGGCACCUUCGUCACCAAGGUCUUUCGAUCCAAGGAUUACAAUUCCUUGCUCUGGGUCUUCAAACAGCUCUUCGCCAAGGUCGAAGCUACUAAGCCUCCCUCGUCUCGAAAUGUAUCUGCUGAAAUCUUCGUUGUAUGCCGUGGCUUCAAGGCUCCCAAGAAAAUCGACCCCCGAUUCCUCGAUCCCAGAUCGGUGUUCGCCGAGUUGAAAGACCCAGCUCCCAAUAAUGAGGUCAAGGUGUUCAAUCCCGAAGUCAAGCGCCGCCAGAGAGGAGGUUACGAGGAGGAUGAGUACUUGCAGUUUAAGGAAAUCUCUGCUAGCGAGUUCAUUCAGACCCUCGACCCCAUUGCUGUGUUGGGUGGCUACAAUAAACUCAACUUCAAGCAGCCCCCAAACGGUGAUGUAGCAUUGGCAGCUUUGGACAAAAUGCCAGAAACUACGGAUGAGAUUCGUACAUGUUGCGCCGAUCUAAAAGUGCUCGGAAGGAAAGAGUUCAAGCUGCUUCUCCGCUGGAGGUUGAAGGUCCGCGAAAAGUUCGGGUUUCCCACCAAGAAAACAACACAGGACAAGGAGAAGUCUGCUCUACCCGAGGAGACCAGUGAAGUUGCCGACGUUGAGUCCAUGGACGAGGAACUGAAACUCCAGGAGGAAUUGCAAGCCAUGAAGGACAGAGACAGCAAUAAGCGGAAGCGCGAAAGGAGGAGAGAGAACGAGAAGAAGCAAAAGGAAAUUGUACGCAUGCAGUUGCACAUGGUUGCUCCCAUGGAUAUCGGCAUAGAGCAGACAGGCCCACAAGGGAGUGAUGCCAUGUUUGCACUCAAGCCAAUCGACAAGAAGGCUGCGAUCAGCAAGAUCGCAAAAGGCAGAAUGGCAGUUUUGAGCGAAGCGGAAGCCAAGAAGGAUCGGGACAGCGGAAUCGGCUCAUCCGGGGAGACUGACGACGAGUCUGAUGAGGAAGAGGAUCGUCUUGAACGAGAACUCGACGGCAUGUACAACCAAUACACGGAACGAAAGGCCGAAGCAGACGCCAAAUACCGUGCGAAGAAAGCCAGGCGAGAACACAAGGAUGACGAUUGGGAAGGUGUCUCGGCUGAUGAGCAGCAAUCCGAUGAAGAUGAUGACAAGCUCGAAAUGGACAGUAGCGAUGAUUCGGACGAAGAAGACAUGGGACCUUCAAAACCUCUAGUGACGGAUUUGGAUAAUACACCUGAAGAAUCAGGUGGACUUUCCAAACGAGCCAAGAGCUUCUUUGACCAGGACAUAUUUAAGGACAUACCUGGAAUUCUUGACGAACCUGAGGAAGACGCUGCGGAAGCUGUCGGUGUGGAAAUGGGGGAAACGUCCGAAGAUGAAGACAUACCCCCACCGAAGCGGCAAAAAGCUCAAUCAAAAGCAGCCAAGAAGCAGAAGAGGGCUGUCGAAACCGAAGAUCCGUCUGACUCUGAAGAUGAUGAUAGACGUCCUUUUGAGGUUGUGAAAAGGAAUGAUCAAGAUGAUGACUGGGAAGACAAAGACAAGCGGAAGCCAGACGGACGACUCGACAUCGACAUCAUCACGGCCGAAGCCAUGACCCUCGCGCAUCAACUGGCGACUGGACAGAAGUCGACUUACGACGUAAUCGACGAUGGCUUCAACAAGCAUGCCUUGCGGGACCGCGACGGGCUGCCCGACUGGUUCGUAGACGACGAGGGCCAACACGACAAGCCGCACAAGCCCAUCACCAAGGCGGCCGCGUUGGCCAUCAAGGAGAAACUGCGAGCGUACAAUGCUCGCCCCAUCAAGAAGGUGCGCGAGGCCAAGGCACGGAAGAAGUUCAAGACGGCGCAGCGCUUCGAGAAGCUUAAGAAAAAGAGCGACCUGCUCGCCAACGAGGAGGGCAUGACGGAGAAAGAGAAGGCAGACUCCAUCUCGAAGUUGCUGGCCAAGGCCGGGCGCAAAAAGCCUCGCGAGCAGGUCCGUGUCGUCGUCGCCAAGGGUACCAACAAGGGUGUGCAAGGACGGCCCAGAGGUGUCAAGGGCCGUUACAAGAUUGUGGAUGCUCGCAUGAAGAAGGAGAUGAGGGCAUUGAAGAGGGUGGCCAAGAGGAAGUAGACGAGCAGUGUAUGUAAUCUGCAGGAAAUUGAGGACAGGCGUUGUCUUCGGUACACCAAGUAAAAGAUGACCUCAUGCUUGGCAUAUUUCGAAAGGCGAACCAGCUUUCUGUAAAACCUUCAUGUGAAAGUAAGAUUGUAACUUG